CUGGUAUUGUUGGUCAGAUGCCACAAAGCGAGUUGGUGUCGUACACGGCUCGGGAAUAAGCAGCGGGACUUUAACUUUAAGAAGCCAGUACUUAGCAACUUCAAAAUCAAUUUAAUCCUUCUCUCUCUCUCAGCUAUACAAGAACCCAAGAGACCAAACACACCAUGCGUCCCAUCUUCGGACUCACCUUCGUCGGCCUAACCGCUCUAGUACAGGGCCUCACCAUCACAUCCCCGAAAGCAGGCGACGUCGUCUCUCUCUCUGGAGGCUUAGUGAUCAGAUGGACGCACAACGCAGAAGACCCGAACCCAAUUGGAAUUUCUCUCGUUAACAAUUCCACGAAUUUUGCCCGCCGGCUAGCCAGUCAUGUUGACACUACUCUUGAUUCUUACGCUGUCUCUUUGAACCAGGGGUAUGUUGGGAAUGGAUACCAGAUUGCACUCAUACCAAUGGAGCCUGGUAAUGGGGAUAAGGCUGGGUUUUCGGGGAAGUUCCAGAUUACUCAGUGAAGGGUUCGAAUGAGAUGGAGUUGGGAGCGUGAGAGUGUGGUGGUAAGAGGAGGAUGUUCUUUCUUUGUGAUUAUGUACGCGAUUCUAAUGUCAUGGAAAUGGAAUAUUAGUAUCUUUGCUCUCUAUUUGUUGUUUGAGUCAUGUUGUCAUGGUGGAAUUGCUGGAUAGCGCAGCGGGAGUGAAACGAGUGGUAAUGAAACUAUUGUUUUUAAGAGUAGUUUUCCUUCCAGAAUAGAAGCAAACCGGUUCUAAUUGACGUCGC